AUGUCUGCAGAAGGUGACACCAUUACAUAUGAGCAAAGAAGGAAAAGAUUGUUGAUUUGCCAUUUGCUUCAAAGCCCAGACGCUAAGCUUGCUAUGAUUAUGAAAAAAGAUUUUGCAAACUUCAGCACGAAAGAUGACAAGGAUGAGAAAGACUACCGCACGAUUUCAGAGGUGGAAACGCAUCUCUUCAAUGUCCUCCUCAAUAGAGAAGAAUUAUGA